AGGAGAAACAGACAACCUCCAACACACUGAGAGAUACAUGAGGGGGGAGGAUUUAUAUAUAUAUAUAAAUAUAUAUGAAAAGAAAAACAUUGUUUUCAGCAGACUGAGGCAGAGCGGCGGGGUGAGGAUGCACAAUGGAGCAUCUCCGUGUUUAAUUGCGGAUUAGAGGAGGAAGAGGAGGAGGAGGAGGAGAGCAGAACAAGGAGACGCGAGGAGACGCUCUUUAUUAUUAGGAGAGAGAGAGAGAGAGAGAGAGAGAGAGAGAGAGAGAGAGAGAAGGGGGGUGAGGAGACUGAGACGGUACAGACCGUGGCGGGGGGGAACGGGAGCGAGGAGGACACCGACACCGACGGUCGGCUCGGCGGCGUCGCUCGGAUGCUGUUGUCGACCCGGACGCGGCGACGAUGCGGCCACACUGCUGGGUGAUGGUAGCGCUGGCGGGGAUCAUGUCGUACCUCAGCCCGGAGAGAGCCCUCGGAGCGCCGCAGAGGGAAGUUUCUCAGACCAGGGCCGAGUCUCUCUCUCCUCCACCUUACGUCAUCAUCCUCAUCUCCUGCUCGGGGCUCGUCUCUUUCGUUCUGCUCCUCCUUACCUGUCUGUGCUGCAAGAGAGGAGGCGUGGGGUUCAAUGUAAGUCUUCAACAUGAGUUUGACAACGCAGAUGGAGAGGAAUGCUCCGGCGGCUCCAGUCCCAUCCAGGAGGACAGCCUGUCGUCCUGCCCCUCCCUCCCUGAGGUUUAUACCCUGCCGGUCAGAGACCGCCCCAAGUGCGCCGCCCUGCAGGACGGAGCAGAUCCCAAAUCUCAGUGCUUUAAAAGGCACGCUUUAAAUUACCUUCAGGAAAUAGGAAACGGUUGGUUUGGGAAGGUGAUCCUGGCUGAAGUGCUGUGCGACUGCGGCUCGUCUCAGGCUGUGGUGAAGGAGCUGCGUGUGAGCGCCAGCCCCCUGGAGCAGAGGAAGUUCCUGGCUGAAUCGGAGCCGUACAGGAGCCUGAAGCAUCCCAACAUCCUCCAGUGUCUGGGGCAGUGCAGCGAGAGCAUCCCCUUCCUCCUGGUUAUGGAGUUUUGUCAGCUGGGAGACCUGAAGCGCUACCUGCGGGCCCAGAGGAAGUCAGAUGGGAUGACUCCAGACCUGCCAACCAGGGACCUGCUGACUCUUCAGAGGAUGGCCUUCGAGAUCACCUCGGGUCUGCUGCAUCUCCACGAAAACAACUACAUUCACAGCGACAUGGCUUUAAGAAACUGCCUUCUGACCUCUGACCUCACUGUCAGAAUAGGCGACUACGGGCUCUCACACAACCAUUACAAGGAGGACUAUUACCUGACUCCAGACAAGCUGUGGAUCCCUCUGCGGUGGAUUGCUCCUGAGCUGCUGGAGGAGUACAGAGGAUCCCUGAUUGUUACGGAUCAAACCAAAACCAGCAACGUGUGGUCUUUAGGGGUGGUGAUCUGGGAGCUUUUUGAGUUUGGUGCUCAGCCCCACAGACACCUUAGCGAUGAAGAGGUGCUGACCUUCGUCAUCAGGGAGCGACAGAUCACUCUGGCCCAGCCUAGACUUAAACUCUCACAUGCGGAUUACUGGUAUGAGAUCAUGCAGUCCUGCUGGCUCCCUCCGUCCCAGCGGCCUUCUGUAGCCGAAAUCUUCCUCCUCCUCUCAUCUCUCCUGGCCGCAGAGCGGGGAUUGUCAAAGAGGAGCAUGGGGGAAGAGGAAGAAGAGGAUGAAGAGUAUGAGGAGGGCAGAAGAAGGAGAGGAGAGAGCGACGAGUCAUUUGAAAGACGUUGGGAUCUACUUCGUCCACCCGCCUUUCAGAGUGCAGCAAACGAGCGGCACAGAGACAGAGAGUACAGCAGGGACAGCAGAGACAACUCCUACCCUUUGCUGGACCCUGUGGGGAACUGCAUUACCCCAUCCUCCUCUGAACUGGACGACAUCCUCACAGUUACAGAAACCAGCAAAGGCUUGAACUUUGAGUAUUUCUGGGAGAAGGCUCACGCCAGACGAGGUUACAAACCUCUCCCUCCCCCUCAGCCGAUCCCAACUGUGAACAAUAACCACAGACAAUCUUUAGACACGCCCACUGUGGUGCCGGUGAUCAGUGCCCGCAGCCCCUCGCUCGCCAGUGAGUACUACAUCCGCCUAGAGGAGCACACUCCCCAGGACAAGUCUCCAACUCUUAAAGGCAAAUCUCAGUCCUCCGUACCAUCUGAUUCGGUUUGUCCUGGAGAUGUGGAGCUUGUGGAAAUCCGAAGUGGAAUGCUGGGAAAAGAGCGAGUCCCCUAUCGCUCUGCAGACAACAGUGGGAAGACGCUGCAAACUAUCCGAUCUAGCGAGGUGAAAAUCCAGGUGCCCAACACAGGAGUGGCCGAGUUCAGAGACACUUCAAGCAGAGUGACAGACUUCUCAGUGGUGGAUCUGGGUGAUGAUGAUGAUGAUGUGGAGAAGAAAAAGAGCAGGGAAACAGAUAAAAAAUCUCCCACAGUGCUCCAGGCUCCAGUCCUCCCUCCCAAACCCCGCUCAAUGUCCAUGUCCUCUUCCAAUCACCUUCACUCCCGCCCUCUCCCCGCGCCUCCACUUGGAUACAGAGGACUGCCUCACUACACCAUCGGUGGAAAGAUUGAGACGGACCCCCUCCACAUGAGCUCCUGCCCGUCCUCCACCUUUGAUCACCUCGGCCUCCAUCGGUCCCGACAAACUCUGCCCCCAUCCCCGUCUCUCUCCCCCUCCAUCCCACCAUCCAGCCAUCCCAUUUACCCUCAGAUGUGUCCUCCACCUCUACCCCCACACUCCAAACCUCAACGCAGCAUCCCAAGCUACAACACAGCUGACAGAUACUCAAGAUACACAAAGAUACAGAUGCAGAGAUCCAAUAGAGACCCGCUAUCCUGUGACAUGUCUGAUAGAGAGCAGGACAGGAGGCAUGCACCAUCAAGCCACACCUCCAAGGAAGAAUCUCAUCCCCGUAUGAAAGACUUUGACUACCCCAUUCGUAGGGAAAAUCCUCUGCGGCCCAUUUAUCGAAACCCACCCCGUCCUCAGCAUGCAAAUUCCCAGAUUGAGAGGCAGUCCUCGUCUAGUCCUACCUACUCAGAUGAGGAUGACUCUCCUUUUGCCUCCCCUGAGAGACACAGCAGUCGGACCACAGUCGCUCACUCCAGCCUGUCAGAAGAUGCAGACCCAGCAACAUCUGAGCUCUUCUCCAGGGGAAUGAAAAGGACCCAGUCACGGCUAGACACUAUUCUGCCAACCAUUUGGAGGGAAGACGCCGAACUUCAGGCAGAACGAGUUUCAGCAGCCAAAAAGUCUCCAAUGCACCUGUUUCUAACCGAGAUAUCGAGCGUGACAGAGUCGAGUGAGACCAAGUCCAAGACCCUGUGGGAUGGGGAGAAAGAGGAAAAGAAUGAUGGAGAGCGAUGGGGGAACUUUCUGCUGCACAACAAGGGAAUGCGCCGUUCCCAAUCACUGAUCACUGAGAUAGACUCAGCAAGGCAGUCAUCGGGACAGGAGAAGGAAUUCCAAAGGACAGGAGUUGAGGAGGACAAGGCAUCACUUCAAGGGGAUCUGUUCCUCACAGAGGUUGACACAGACAGAAUGGACACGGACAAGGAUGAGGAAAGCGAUCCAGUUAAAUACCUGUAUCCUGCAGGAUCCAGUUUGCACCCCUAUGUCUGCUCUCCCGACCUUUCAUCUAACAAAGACACUGAAGACGGCAGCACAAAAGGUAUACGGAGAUCCCGAUCUCUUCUGUCCGAGAGGGAGAAACAAGAAUCUGAAAUACAUUUUGUUGAGAAAACAGAAAUGACUAGAGAGGAGUUCCUGAAAGAGAUCCAAUCAGCAGAAACAUUUUUGACUGAAAUCAUAUCCAGACAAAGCGCUACCACAAAUAAAGAUGAAUCAGAUCCAUCCUUCUCCCCUACUCCAUUGUCACCUGAAUAUGAAUCCAUAUGCAUCGACCCAAACUCUGCUCAGACCAUCACAUUCCAGUCAGAAAGCUCCAUACGAGCAUCCAACAAGGGGAAAGAAGAGAUACACACUGAGGCCAUCUAUGCACAAGUGACCAAGCGUGCAAAGAAGAGCGAGAUUAAGGUCACCAUAAGACCCGAGAUCCCAAUUCUCCACAUAGGAUCAAACAAACAACCGCUUAAACCGUGCAACCAAGGAAACAAUGCUGAUCACUGCCAGACUGGAGAGUUUGUGCUCUCAGAAAUAAUGCCCAAAAAUGGUUUAUUGCACAGUGAAACUGAUGAAUGUCAGAAGGAGGAGGAAGACAGUUCAGAUGGACCUGCCUUACCUGCCAGAGGGGAACUAAUAGACCCUCCAGAGUUAUCCCCUUCUGAAUCCACUGAGUCCAACACUAUGAUACUACAGGAGAACAAGUCUCUCAUUUUAAAUCAGACGAAGACUACUGUUGUUGUUGUAGAGAAUGGUGAAAUGAUGAAAGAGCACCUACAGGUCUGCAGUUCUCAGAUAGAAGAUCAAACGGAGGGGAAAUGUGGUGGGAACGCAGCUGCUCUGGAGAGAAAUGGGGAAAAUUUCUUUCAGCACAAGUACAAUGAUCUGGAAAAGUCUGUCAUUCAAAACGAAACUAACUGUGAAGUAACUCCGAACACUCCAGAUCAAGACCUGUCCUCUGACAUCAUCACUCCCACUGACUCUGUCCUGUCACCCAUGACCUCCAGCUCGGUGGACGGCCUCACACCCAGUGAUUCCUGGACCGGAGCAGGAAGCGGCAGUGGGUUACGGGUCCUGGGAAACGAAACCCCACACAGAGACUCUGCCUAUUUCUCCGACAAUGACUUAGAGGGUGAUGUGAUGAACAGGAAGAGCAGCGAUGGACCAGGGUCCAGACAAAGUGGAGGCCGAGGGGGCGAGCGGGGAGCACUCACAGGGAUAGAGGAGAAGACUGAAGAGGAGGGGGAAGCAGGAGAAAAAAGCCCCUUACGAAGUACUUCACAUGCAUCCCGUACCAAAACAGAAAGUGGAAAUGAAAAGACUGUUGAGAAUUGUGAAAAUGACUCUUACUACUUACAUUGUGAAAAAGACAUACUAAACAAAGGGCUAGAGGCUGUGCACAGAGACGAUUCAGGCAUUUUUCACAAUCACAACGAGAGCAAAAAAUCCACAUGGCUGCAUGAUGAUCAUCAAGUCAAGGACUGUGUUGACUUAAUUGAUGAGCUGUUUUCAAAGUUAGACGAAGAACCUCUGAAGAACCUUUCACACAGUGGUGGGUAUGUGAUAGACAGCCACUACACAGAUGGCAUAAUUUCCAAGAUAACGGAUUAUAAAUGCACAGAGUCUGAAAAGAGCAACUUGAAUCUGCACUCUAAGAGUCCCAGUGGGACAAAGAGCUUGAUCAACUCCAUCAACUCCGUGUCUGGCAUUGCUGAACCAGAUAUGACAGAGAGAGAUCUCGCUGCUCAAAGGUCUUUGAAAUCUGGGAAUGCAACAGUGGAAUCUGAGUCCAGAUUGUCCAAAAUGAGUGAAUUUCUAAACGAUAACUUGCACAGAGAGGAUAAAGUUAGUCUGACUAAUCUGUGUACUGAGCAAGGUGUUGAAGAAAUGGUUUGUUUGGACCACAAUGAGCUGGGAGACCUUCACUGCUCAGACCACAGAGUAGAUGGGGAGGUCAGAACGGAGUUGGACAUACAUCAAGCCUCUGCAGAGUCUUGCGAGGGCCAAGAUGUGAUGGCUGAGGACUGGUGGAGUGCUGUGGAAGAGGAUGAUGAAGCACCACCCUCUGGAGUUGUUACUGGGGAAAUUGACUGCCACCGUUUGAUGGAAUCAGGAGAACAAAAUAAUCAGUGGGCUUCUCCAGAGAAAAAACAACAAGAAGUAGAGCUAAGAUCAGAAUUUUUUGCGGGGUUUAGCAAUAGGAACUGGGGGAUUCAGGAGAAGUAUUGGGAAUCUAAAGAAAACGAUGAACAUGCAGGAAGGGAGCCUCACCCUUCUUCAGCAGAGUCCAGAAAUGAAACUGGGACCAAUGAAACACAAGAACUGAGCUGCAAUAUCGCUGCAUGUGAAAACGUAAGAGACUCUGAAAGACCAGUUACCCAGCGGUCUGCAGCAGAUAUCCAACAAGAGGAAAAUAUUGAGAAUCUGGCGGAAAUUGAUGAUUUUAAGAGCGACACAAUGAAUAAAAUCUGUGAUAUUGAAGUAGAGAAUAUGGAAACUCCAGAAGAAGAGAGGUUUGUAGAGAAGCAGAUUCAGGACAGAGGGUGUCUGACAGACAUGGAGGAGAAUCAAAACUUCAACAGAUUGACACAGAAUCAACUCUACAGAGAGGGACAAGCAUCAACUGAACAUGUUGAUUCUGAGAACCACUUCAGCCAUUCUUUCCAGAAUGACAUCUCAAGUAUAUUCAUCAGCAUCACUGAACCUCCUCAAGGUAACUCCUCCGACCUAGAAAACGAUGAAUCAAGCUUCAAACAAGAAGCCGAGCAUAGCCCAUGGCUUGCUACACAGUCUUCAGAGGAAAGUCUCCAAAAAGUUAAUGAGGAUUACAGAGACGCUGCCCUUCAGUCCGGAGUGGAGGAGCUUAAUCAGUCAUAUCAAGAGGUAGACAAUUUCAGCUCUGUUGAUUUCCCUAGUCCGCCGCCAAGCAUAGACCUCGAUGUGCAAGAUGAUAAACUGGAGAGUUUAGAUGACUCUUUUCCUAGUCCGCCACCGUCUGUUAUAGAAGCAGAGGAAUUUAUUACUGCCAUAAAUCCGGAAGACUUCGGUGCUGGUCCAGAGACAGAGUCGUAUAUUUCCCCAGCGAACAGCACAGCUGUCUCGGCGCCAUCUCUGCAAGAGCUACCACCAGCUACAACUCAGAAUAAAGGCAUCUCCGCCAACCUGCACUCCCCGUCUGUACACAUAACACUGACCGAUGACAACAACUUUACUUCAGAUAUUGAAGAUGUUUGUCAUAGCUUCACCCAGAAAACCUCACCUGCAGGUCCUUCUACACAGCAAGAUCUCUUGAAAAACAUCCCAGCAUUGCUAAUAUCCGAGUGGAAAGACCUGGACGAGGAGCCGCUGGAGGAUUUUGAAAAACUCGAACAACUCUGUUGCAUCUCUGGGGAUGAGGAGGAACUUUUCUUGGGGAAUCUGGAGCUUCUGGAGUCUCUAAAGAAAACAGCUGAUCAGAAGGGCAGUGAUACAGAAGAAGGUGAUGACUUCUCAACUCCUGAGGCUGACAGAGGGGAUUUAAAGGCAGAAUAUGUCUCUGAUAACUGCAAUAAGUUGAUUGAAUCAGAGCAAACAAUCUUGUCACAAUCAGUGGAGAAGACUGAUGAGCAGAGGUCACCAGGUCAAACACCCGAUGUCAAGGAUCAGGGAUCUUUAUCCAAGAUGACAACCAGAAAUGGCCUCAUGAUGCAGGUGUGUGAGGAGAGACUACAGUUCUCCCUCAAUGAAAAUGUGAAAACAAACAUGCUUUGGGGGUCAGCUGUGAAAGAGACCGUGACACUUCGGCCGUGGGGGGAACAAGUCAAGGAAAGCUGCAGCAGGUCAGUGGAAGACCAAAGAAAGGAUGAGAGCCAAGAGGAGCAGGAGGCUUCCCUUAAACAAGUUCCUCCCAUUGAGUCUGAUAAAACUGAACCUGAGCCGCUCACUGUGAUUGAACAACCUGAGAUCACUGCAUCUCAACCUGCUGCAAACCAGGCAAUGAAAGCCAAACUCGCUCGCCUGUCUCUCGCCCUCCCUCCUCUCGCUCUGAAUCUCCCUCUCACCCCGAGCGGGAAAGGCGGAUUCGGGGACAGUUCGAUCGGAAAUCGCAUCGGAAGACGAAGGGGCCUGUCGUCAGGAAUCGACCCCGACGAGGAGGAGGAGGAUGAGCAGGAGGACGAGAGCUCCCGCAGGGUGAUUGUUGUCACGGAGACGGACGUGGACAAACGGAUCGGGCUGAGGAGUCUGUUAAAAUCACCCAAGGAGCCUUUGGACAGAGAGCGGGACAGAGGGAGGAAUGUGUCCUUCUUCGAUGACGUAACAAUCUAUCUGUUUGAUCAGGAAACUCCAACCAAUGAGUUGAGCAGCUCAGCUCCUACAAGUCCAGGUUCAGUCUCUGUGAAAAGCAGCAAGCUGGACUUUCAUGGGCCAAACAAAAGCAAAGAAUCGAAAAGAAAAGAGGAUCUACCGAUCAAACCGCGGUCGCCCAUCGGAAGCGGCCCAGUGACGUCAUCGCGCUUCACCGUCAGCCCCGCCGACGACCCCCAUCUGGUGUGAGGCGAAAAACGGGAGCCUUUGAAUCCAUACACUCUCAGAGCGAGCAGUGAAUUCACCCAACAGCCAGCCAUUUACCCAGAAGAUAUUUUUUUACUGAUUUGGGAACUGAAAGAAACAAGACUCUGAUUUUACCAGCUGGACACAUUCCAGGUUUUGCCAGUGACUGGAUUUUGUAUGAAAGGGGGGUUGCUGAGCUCCUGCCUGUCACUGUUUACAGAGUUUAUCCGUAGCCUUUGGCUGCAAACGUCUUUGGAAAAGACUGCUUGCGUUGGGAGAAAAAGAAAACAAAAAUAAAUAAAGCAAAAGGAACCUGGAGCUUUGAAAAAUGUGAAACAAAUCUGACAGCUAUGCAGUGGGAAUCUUGCUGUGUACCAGCUUACUUUCUCUAUUUCUGCUUUAUUCUGUUGUACAGUUCCCCGACUGAGAGGGGAGGGGGAUGCACUUUCUUUAGUCGUUCAUCUGUCCAUGUAAAUGCUUGGAUUCCAGACCAGUCCUAAUUUAAGAGGUUUUUCUUCCUGCAGCAGCUGAUCCAGCAGUUUGAAACUGACUCCUGUAUUUAAGAAAUAUUCCUCAGCAUUUGUACAAAUACCAUAACGCGAGUGUAUACAAUAUUGUUUUAGGGCUUUUACUUUUAGAUGUAAACUUUGGACUGCACGAAAAAUUAAACAAACUACUUUUUAUUUAUUUGUUUGUUUAUUUAUUUAUUUAUUUAUUUUUCAUUUAUUUAUUUGUCUAACUUAUUAAACCUUGAUAAACUGUUAAUUAUUUUGAGACGGAAUGCAUCCAGGUUUUACCAUCUCUACGGUCUUCACAACAAAUAAAUAAAAAAUAUUUUCCCAAACGACUUAAUUGCUAAGAAGAAAUAAAAAAUAAGUAUUUUGUAUAAUUUUACUUGUUAAUAUAUGCCAAUCUGUACUGUAUGGAUCUAAGUCCUGUAUCUUUUUUUUAAUUUACUUUUUUUUUUAGAAAAUUUUAGCAGUCUUGUCAUUCCUUUUUUUUUUUUUGUAUAGUUUAAUGACAGUUAAUGUAGCUUAUAGCUCCACAAAUCGAAGCUUCUCAUGAGUAAUUAGCUCCAUUUGUUUGUGUAUCUGUUAAUUUAUCCCAUUUUCUACUAACGGCAGUCGAUCACGCAGCAGAGGUCCUGCUAGUCUGUUUGUUCGAUCUGUUUAAAUGUUGGUUUAAACUUGUGUUGUUUAAAAAGGCUUUUCAGAGGGGAUGAUGUAUAAAUAAGGGGGGAAAUAAAGGUUGAAAGAAAUGUGAAUCUUUUA